AUGAAUUCACGUGCGAAGGCUAUACAGAAUUUCUUCAGUGAUGAUUCUGAUGAUGAUGACCUUCAUCAACAGAUGGUUGCAAUGGCUGUUCAACACCAAACGUUUUUGCUGGAGCAAUAUGCUCAACAAUCCAAACAUGGUGGUUCUGUUGCAGGUCGUGAAUACAAGAAUCGAAAGAGAGAAAAAUAUCAUAAGAAUCUCAUGGAGGACUACUUCUGUGAAAGACCACUUUAUCCCCCAGUGGACUUUCGCAGGCGGUUCCGCAUGAGAAGAGAGUUUUUCUAUCGCACCUUAAAUAAUGUUGUUGUACAUGAGCCAUACUUUACGCAGAAGAUAGACGCUUGUGGACGACAAAGUCUAUCCCCAGAGCAGAAGCUAACAGCCUUUUUUCGAAUGCUCACAUAUGGAUGCUCGGCAGACUCCACCCACGAGUACUGUAGAUUGGGUGAAUUUACAGCCCUUGAAUGUUUGCGAAAGUUUUGUUCUGUUAUUGAAGCCAUGUAUGGUCAGUGGUACCUUUGUUCCCCAAAUCUAGCAGACCUUUAUAGGCUCUUGCACAAGGCUAGUCACAGAGGAUUCCCAGACAUGUUAGGCAGUCUUGACUACAUGCAUUGGGAAAGGAAGAAAUGCCCCACUGCUUGGGCAGGCCAGUUUACCGGCUACAAGCAUAAGCCAACUGUCGUUCUAGAGGCAGUGGCCUCAUAUGACACUUGGAUAUGGCAUGCCUUUUUUGGAGUUGUCGGAUCGAACAACGAUAUCAACGUUCUAGCUCGUUCCCUGUUGUUCAAUGAUGUAGUGAAUGGAGUGUCUCCCCAUAUCCAAUAUGUUGUCAGUGGAAAUGAAUAUAAUCUGGGUUAUUACUUGGCUGAUGGUAUCUACCCUGGUUGGGCUACAUUGGUUAAGAUGAUUUCCCAACCAGAUACUCCAAAAAGAAAAACUAUUUUCCCAAAAACAAGAGGCUUAUAG